AUGGAAAGGCUUUCAGAAGUUGUCACUAACCACAAGUGGGGCACUCACUUUGAGAACAUGUCAACUAUUCCCAUAUAUGGUUUGGCACAAUGCUUUCAAGACCUUUCACACAUUGAUUGCCUUCUUUGCUUUGCUGCCUUACGCACAAAGCUCCCUCGAUGCAUCCCUUCAGUGGCUGCACGCAUUUACCUUGAUGGUUGUUUCCUUCGCUAUGACAACUACAGUUUCUACUCAGAAGACACUGACCCUUUAAGGGACACUGUGAACUGCACCUCCCAGUAUGGUUCUGUGGUUAGUGAAGCUGAAAGGUUGAAGCUUGUUGAGAGUGUUGGCAAGGUGGUUGACAAUGUGGUGAGGGUGGCAGUGACUGAGGGAGGAGGAUUUGCUGUUGGAGAAGGUGAGGGUGCUUAUGCCUUGGCAGAGUGUUGGAAAACUGUUGGGAAAAAAGGGUGUAGAGAAUGCUUAAAGAAAGCUGGAAAUGAGGUCAGAGGGUGCUUGCCAAAGAAGGAAGGGAGGGCCUUGAAUUCUGGGUGUUAUUUGAGAUAUUCCACUGUUAAGUUCUACAAUCAAGGAGGUGAAGCAGGUGAAGGAGAUGUGUCUUCAAGGAAACAAACCAUCAUAGCAGCGGUGUUAGUUUUGACUGCAGUUGUUGUGCUCUCUCUUGCUGCCUCUUAUGUAGCCUUCACAAAAUUAUCAAACAGGAGAAAAAAAAACAAUUUUGUUCAGAUUCCCACAUCCUUAAAGAAUUCUAGCUUGUAUUACAAAUAUGAAACUCUUGAGAAGGCCACGGAUUAUUUCAGCACUUCAAGAAAAAUAGGCCAAGGAGGAGCUGGUUCUGUAUUCAAGGGGACUCUCCCAAAUGGGAAAGAUGUUGCUGUAAAGAGAUUGGUUUUCAAUAAUAGGGAAUUGGUGGAUGAAUUCUUCAAUGAAGUGAAUUUGAUUAGUAGAAUAGAACACAAGAACCUUGUCAAACUAUUCGGUUGUAGUAUUGAAGGCCCUGAGAGCCUCAUUGUGUAUGAGUACUUACCUAACAAGAGCUUAGAUCAAUUCAUUUUUGAGAAGAACAAAACAAAGAUUCUAAAAUGGGAGCAGCGGUUUGACAUAAUUCUUGGAACUGCAGAAGGACUUGCAUAUCUUCAUGAAGGUUCUGAAGUAAGAAUCAUCCAUAGAGACAUCAAAAGCAGCAAUGUUCUUCUGGAUGCGAACCUCAUCCCUAAAAUUGCAGAUUUUGGCCUUGCCCGGUGUUUUGAUGCUGAUAAAACGCAUCUAAGCACUGGAAUUGCUGGAACACUAGGUUACAUGGCUCCUGAGUAUCUUAUUCGAGGACAACUCACAGAUAAAGCUGAUGUUUUUAGUUUUGGAGUACUUGUUCUGGAGAUUGUAAGUGGCAUGAAGAAUAAUGUCUUCCGUGAGGAUUCUGGUUCCCUUUUGAAUACGGUAUGGAGACUUUACCAAUCAAACAGAUUGGCUGAAGCUGUUGAUCCUUGCUUGGGACAUGAUGUUCCUGCAGAAGAAGCAUCAAGGGUGUUUCAAAUUGGAUUACUGUGCACACAAGCUUCUGCUUCACUGAGGCCAUCCAUGGCUCAAGUUGUUUGCAUGUUAAGUAAUUCAAAUUUGAAUGUCCCUAUACCAAAACAGCCUCCAUUUUUGAACUCUGGAUUGGUAGAUCAAACAGCUUCAUUAGGUUUUAGCACAAACAGUACUUCAUCAAAUGCAUUUAAGAAGAUUGGCAUGUCCUACAGCUCCUCAGAGUCUAGUACACGCAGCUUAGUUAGGCAAUCAAGAAGUGACGAAACAAUUGAGGAAGCUUGA